GGUCAGUAGAGGUCAUAUUGAUUUUUCAAUGGUAUCUAGAAAGCCAUGGUAGAACCAUCUGUGGACUGAUACCAAUUUAUUUUUUCAACUACGAACGAAUAUUUUUUUGUGAGGUUAAUUAAAAAUUAAAAUGAAAAAAUGUAUUACAUUGUUUUGAGGAACAGAAGUGCUUUAUAUACUUUUGCUGCAAACAUAAUUUUAGUCAAUACUCCUAUAUUACAAGCACAUACAUACAUUUAAAAUGUAUAAUACAAAUUUAAAAAAUAUUUGAAUUGUCUUGAUUGUAAUUUAAAUUUUUAAAUGGUAAAAUAACAAAAAGUAUUUCAUAUAAUCAGUAUUUCAAGUUUAUCGAUUUUAGUGGUGCAAUCUAUACAGCAGAGCGUUCAGCAUAUGUUUGCGUCACUCCUUUCUCCAUCGUCACUCGUCCUGAUUUUUGGAAUAUAUAAGAACUUCUAUUUUGAAUCGUAAAGUUAACUUUUUACGUUUGAAUCAUGAAAUACAAUACUUCAAAUCAACAAGGAAUGUAUAGUAAUGGAAGCAAUGGGUAUAACGGAAACAAUGGCUAUAGAAAUAACAAGCCAGGUGGUUUUGGAGGAAGAAUCAAUAAGACAGAUGAUGCUAACUUUGGAAGUGCGUUGCAAGCAGUUGCUUGGGAGAACCACACACUCUCAGACUUCAAGAAAGACUUCUAUUGCCCCCAUACUAAUGUACUAAACCGACCUUACCCUGAAGUUGAACGGUACAGAGAAAGCAAGGAUAUCAUGAUCAAAGGAAUUGCUGAUGCUUUUUUGAAUCCAAUCCAAUUCUUCGAGGAAGGAAACUUCCCUGAAUAUGUUGCUUCUUGCAUUAAAAAAAUGGGAUUUGACUUUCCAACAGCUAUUCAAGCACAGGGUUGGCCGAUUGCCUUAAGUGGAAAAAAUAUGGUUGGCAUUGCCCAGACUGGUAGUGGCAAGACAUUAGCUUACAUACUUCCUGCUGUUAUUCACAUCAGAAAUCAGCCUAGAGUGCAACGUGGGGAUGGGCCUAUUGCCCUUGUGCUAGCACCUACAAGGGAAUUAGCUCAACAAAUUCAGACAGUGGCCAGCCAGUUUGGUGGCCAAUGCGGUCAGAGAUCCGUAGCAAUAUUUGGAGGUGCUCCUAAAGGACCUCAGGCAAGGGAUUUGGAGAGAGGAGUGGAAAUAGUUAUUGCCACACCUGGAAGAUUAAUUGAUUUCUUAACAAGAGGCACCAUAAAUCUUAGAAGGUGUACAUACUUGGUUCUUGAUGAAGCUGACAGGAUGUUAGACAUGGGAUUCGAACCCCAAAUUAGAAAAAUUAUGCAUCAAAUCAGGCCUGACCGUCAAGUUCUUAUGUGGUCAGCAACAUGGCCAAAGGAAGUCAAAGCAUUAGCUGAAGAUUUUCUUCAAGAUUAUGUUCAGGUUAACAUAGGAUCACUUGAGCUUGCUGCAAAUCAUAAUAUCAUUCAAAUAGUAGAUGUUUGUGAAGAAGGGGAUAAACAAUCCAAGCUUAACACCUUACUAGAAGAAAUUGGAACCCAAAAACUCGAGAAAACCAUAAUUUUUGUCGAGACCAAGAAGAAAGUUGAGUCUAUUGCUAAUGGUCUCAAAAGAGUUGGGUGGCCUGCUGUAUGUAUUCAUGGUGACAAAUCACAAAAUGAGAGAGAUUAUGUUUUAAGAGACUUUAGACGAGGUAAAUCAUUGAUCCUCGUUGCAACAGAUGUUGCUGCUCGGGGACUAGAUGUGGAAGAUGUAAUGUAUGUCAUCAAUUAUGAUUUCCCCAACUCCUCUGAAGAUUAUAUUCACCGGAUCGGACGUACUGGACGAUCAACUGCCUCUGGUACAGCCUAUACCUUUUUUACAUCUGCAAACCAAAAGCAGGCCCGAGAUCUUGUUGCUGUUCUAGCCGAAGCUAAACAGAGCGUUUCUAACGAGUUGCAAGCCAUGACCAGGUUCUCUGGUGGUGGAAGUGGAUAUGCCAGAGGAGGUUUCAGAAACGGAAAGUUCAACAAACGUACUGAUAAUAAGUUUGGUGGUGGCAGCCGUUUCAAUGCUGGUUUCCAGAGGAAUUCUACCAUGUAUGGUCAAAAACCAAGUACCUUUCGAAGAUUUGACUAAGACUUUAUUCCAUAUAAAAAAAAGUUUUUAUAAUCUCUUGUAAUUAUUAAUGUAAAAAGUAAAAAAUGGAGGAAGAAAGAGAAAUUAGUGUCUGAAUAUUACUUAUGUGACUUGGAAGGGAGGGGCUUUGAGGAGAUAAUUUAAAUCUAUAUUUCCAAGAAGGCUUAACAUUUUUGUUGUUAGUCAUUGUUUUGAUAGGGUGCAACCCUUACUACCCAUAAUGCCCUCUAUGGCUAGUUUAUCUCUUAAUGUAAAUACUUAAUAAAACUGUACCUACCUAUUAUUUAAUUUUCUAUUUUAUAUGUUAUGUUAGGAAAUAUUAAUUUAUCACAAAAUGGCUCGUCUGAGUCUCCUUUUCGAUGUGAUAUUUAUUUAUACAAUACGAGUUGUAUUUUUUAAGUAUUCAUAUCACCUUAGUAUUUUUAUAUUUUUCUGCAUCAGUAUUAUUUAUAAUUUUAAAGUCAUGUUCUGUUGAUGAUUUUAAAAGAGGAGUAAUUUUCAAUAAAUGUUUAUGAAAAAGGAAUAA